UCCUCCGGCUCGCAGUUGGCGUGUGCAUUUAGUCAUUGAUCGCGUCCGGGGACCGGGGAUGGGGUCGCUUUGCCAUCGCCUUCGCCAUCUCCACUAACAACGCUGCCUCGCUUUAUUGGUGUCAUUAAAAUUUGUUAAAUGGAAAGGUCAAUACACAGCCGUGUCUAGUGAGAGACUCGAGUACUGAGUGAAACCGGUUUGCGGCUUCGAUUUGGGCGAACUCGACGGCAUAGAUUCCUCACUUAGUCCGCCCAGGGACUUCGCACAUUUCCUGAGUAGCUGCCAGAAUUUUGUGCCCAUUGUUCCCUCCAACUGAUAUGCCUCCAUCUGCGGCAUGUGCCUUCUGCUGGCAGCCCGCCAAGAGCCAAGAACUUGGCCCAAAAAUUAAUAGUAAUGCUGCGCAUCUGUUUCUUUUUUAACUUGUUCGACGCUCACCUUGCUUGCCAGAUUUCAGGGGCACAUAGCAUACAUAGUUUUAGCGAAACUCUGCGCCCGAUGUGUCAAUGCCAAUGUCGUUCCCAUUCUGUUCGAGUGGGAGAGGAGUCACGGACGCCGAAGAGCAGAUUUUAGGCGCUGAUUGAGCUGGCACAGAGUUUGGAAGCGACCAGAGCGUUUUGCAUGAAGAAAUGACUACCACAAGUCAGAUGGAGAUGAACACAAACGGCGGAGGCUUGGAUUCCACCGCAGACGUGUCCCCUUUGAUUGCUGGCAAUGUCCCUGGCUCAACGCCAGGAAUCAACUGCGGAAACGGAGUCCAGAAGAAUGCCACCCCCGGCACUGGUCUGAGCAGCACACAGCGAGCCGUGGAUGCCACCAAGCGGAAGAAACUGAAGUCGCGCAACGCAGCAGCUUCCUGUUCGGCCCCGAAAAACGAAGCAACAGCGGCUUCUUUAAAUCAAAACAACCCCAGUAAAACGAACAGAACCGAUCUAAACUAUUCCAAGGAUCAUCUCGAUGCCUGGCUGGAGAAUUGCUUGCGCGAUGCCACUAACGCCCAAUUGUCAUCUUCGUCUGAGUUUUUGGACUUCAUUCCGCCCACGGCACCAGCUCAUAAACAAAUGUUUGUGAGUCAACAGCAGCAACAACAGCAGCAGCAGCAGCAGCAACAGCUAAAACAGCAACUACAGCUCCAGAAGCAACAGGAAUUUCCGAAGCGUUCCCAGCCAUAUGGAAUGGGCCCUGGCACUCCCUUCAGCUUGGGGAUUCAGCGCCAUUCGCACUCCCUAAGUCAUCGAUAUCCGAUGCUAUACCCACCCCAGAGCCUUAAUGGCUAUGCUAUGGGCUACGGAGGCGAUGGUGGCCAGGAGUUUGCCAGCUUGCCACCACUGGUCAAUAUGAUGGGCGGGGCUGGAGCCGGUGGCUCCGAGCACGAACCAAACUCCACAGAUGUGCUGGAUGGAAGUGGAAGCAACCCAAACUUCAGCAGAGGGUUUCGAUUCAGCGAUCCGUGCCUUCUGAACCCCUCCGAUAACGACUCCAAGCUGAGUGGUCAGAAUACACCAGAGUGUCGAAACGGCAACCACACUGGCAGUGGAUGCGAUCUGGCACAACAAAACAAAUUCUUCGCGGCACUAAUGGAACAAAUAAACAUACUGCACGACACGAAUUCCAAGAUCUGCCGGAAUUUGCACGAAACAAAAGUCGAUAUCGAAGCUUUAAAGCACGCUCCCAAUGGCCAGCCUUGGGCCGGGGUUGGCUCUGGGGGCAUGCGGCACCGUAGAGAUAGCUUGAGUGGAUUAAGCACACAAAGUCAGCCUUUGGUUUUUGGCGGUGGAAUGGGCGGGACCCACAGCCCGGCGCCCACCUUUCAUUCAGGCGCCUACACACCAGGAAUGAUGACUGAUGUGGUGCGAGAAGUGAAGGAGGCGGCGCGCGUUCGUGAAGAUGCCCUACUCAGUCGAGUAAAAUCAAUGGUUGAGGAGCGACAGUGGUCCUUGAACGAGGGAAAUGUCCGAAUUCUGCGCGAUAUUGAUGACCUGAAGGCCCAUGUUAUGCAGUUGCGUCUGGAAAAAAAAGAGACAAAUAAACGCCUGUCACACCUGGAGGCUGAAAACAAAUGCCUGCGCCAAGCCCUAGCAGGUUGCUAUAACCAGCGGCAAUCUUAUCACGAUAUUAUCUAUGAAAACGACCGUGCCCGCGGAACCCGAAAGCCAUUUCCGAACGGAGGAGGCGGCGGCUUGGUGGCUGCCGGAGCUCUCGGAGUCCGACGGGCGCAGUCCUUCAACCUGCAUUACGGAACGAUGCACCAAACCCCGGCCCAAACCACACACUCUCUGGAAGAGGAUGAUGAAAUAGAAGAGGAACAGUUGCAGGAGCAGGACGAGAUGGAUGGCGCAGACCAGUUGGUAACGGCCAACAAACGGCUGUCCUGCUCGAGCAACGAAUCACGAAACAACGGGCUGCAGACAACCUUAACCUCAACCCAUCACCUGACGCCUAAAUCACCCCAACAAUCAGUUCCGAGCCCUCCCACAUUUGCGCUUAUUACGGACCAGGUCAACCCGGGACUGCCCCCGCCACUGCUGCCGCGAAAAAAGGAGCACGCUCAGCUGAAACGGGAGCUCAGCGAAGUGUCCGCCGCACGUAAGGAGGCAAAUCAACGUAUAAUUGCCCUUGAAAAAUUGGUUAAAGACCUAAGUGCCCAGGUGGCCAGCCAGCCAAAUUGGAACCCGACCGUAUCUGGCACAGCAUCUGACGCAGCAAUGGCAACGAAAUUCAGCGUGGCUGACGGACCUAUUACAGACUUAUAGUUUUAGCUAUCAGCCUCCGGCUCGAAACCAAAAGGGCAGCGACAGACUAUGCGUGUCACUCAAUUAUAGCAGCGGGAUCGACGGCACUGCACCUUUUCUUUCAAAAUUAUUUAUUACUCAAUAACCUGUGCAUAAGCUCCAAUUUCUUAGCUUUAAUGUUUUUACCACGGCUGAACUAAUUAUUUCAUUCGAACCUUUUUUCAAACUCGAGCCCAUGGUAUCUUUCUAAUUGGCUCGGGCAAAACGCAUUUGUUUUGAAUUUACUAAAAACAAAUCUGUAACUAAAUUUCUUUGUGGUUAAGGCUAUUAUUUAUCAGAUUAUUAAUUUCUUUCAAUAUCGUGUAUCAAUGUGUAUCGAUAUCUACUGGAGUGAUUUCGUUAUAUAUGGAUGACCUCUAAGAAUUAUUAUACUAACUGAAAAAACGUGUACCUAUUGCAAUGAACAAAAAUCAAAAGCUACCAUAUAGAAAAAAUUAUAUUUUAGUCGGAUGUUGAUCCUCUUAAAUAAGUGGAUAAGGAGUUAAUUUAAAAUGUGUAGUUGUUAACCAUAUUUAUUAAGUGCCAUUUGAUUAAACAGAAAAUAUAGUAUAUUUGUAUAUAUAAA